AUGGCUUCAUCCAAGGCAGCCCGCAUGGGCGAAGAAGUAUGGAAAACCCGCACAGAAAAAAUCAACCUUGAAGUCCUAACCCUCACCUACGGCACCCUCGUAUCCCAACUAACCCACGACCUCCGCGACCCUGCCACCAACAUCCCCGACUACGCCGCCAUAAACACCGAACUCGACCGCAUGGGCCACUCCAUCGGCCUCCGCCUCAUCGAAGACUUCCUGGCCAAAACCUCCUCCGCUGGGCCCGCCCCUUGCAACAAUUUCCGAGAAACAGCAGAGAUGAUAGCGAAAGUGGGCUUUAAGAUUUUCUUGAAUGUGACGCCCAGAGUGGAGAAUUGGGACAAAGAGGGGCGGAGUUUCGGGUUGGUGUUUGAGGAGAUGCCGGUUAGUGAGUUUGUGGAGUUGCCGGACGAUGGGCGGGCGCAGGAGGAGUUGUGGUUUUUGAAUCUGUUUUGUGGGGUUGUGAAGGGGGCGUUGGAGAUGGUUCAGAUGCAGGUCAAGGCGGAGUGGGUCAGUGAUGUGCUGAGGGGGGAUGAUACGACUGAGAUGAGGGUUACGCUUAUACGAUAUAUUGAGGACGAGAUGCCGCCGGAUGACGAAUGA